AUGCGGUUUUCCUUGAUAACAAUUGCUGCCCUGAUGGGUAUGACUUUUGCAACUCCAGUCCCCCAAGACAUCGACUUUGCUAUGGUCGAAGCUGCUUCUGAUCCAGUUACUACUGGUCCUCCUAUUGGCCCAACUGCUCAAUCUGUCGCUUACGAUGCUUCGACUGCAAUCGUCGCUGCUACUCAAGCUGUUGCAUCUCAAUCUGUAGCAAUCAGCGAUGCUGUCAAUGCCCCCAAGGUUAAGAGAACAGCGUGUGAAGCUCAACCAGCCGGUGCUACUGGAGCUCCCUCAUAUGCCUCUGAUUCUCCAUCUGCUUUUUUAACCAAUCCUGGAUUUUCUGAUGCUGCCUCCGCUGCUUCUACUCCAGCUGGAUACACACAAUCUUUCCAGAACCUCAAGACAUCCAACAAAAGUCACGAUAGCCGAGAAAUAACCGGAAACUCGCCUAGUGCCUAUGGGUAUAUGGGAAUCACUACUCUCGGAUAUUAUGAUUCGGAAUUGUGUGCAUCGAAAUGUUCGGCUAUCAACGGAUGUAUGGCCUUCAACCUUCGACGUACUAACGUGUAUGCAGACUUUGAACGUGAUCCAAGUGUCGAACCUGGAGGAUCAUGCGAGGAUUCCCCAAGUGUUACAAUGAUCAAAUGCGUGUUCUGGGGUGGCCCAGUUUCUAUCGAAAAUGCCGUAAACUCGGGACAAUACAGAGAUAAUUUUCAGGUCGCGAUUGCUGGAUCUAAUGGAUAUACGAAUAACAGCAUUGCUCCUAUCCCUGGUUAUGGAAAUGCACAAUACCUAGGAAAUGCUGCCAUUAAUGCGCCAUAUGAUUCACAAGGAUGUAAUACUUACAUGGGGUCAACAAUCUUCUCUACCGGCCCCUUCGAUGCAUCUCUCUGUGCCGCUUACUGUAGCGCACAAUCAAAAUAUAACCUUGAUCACCCUCCAUCUGAUGGAAGUCCAGUAAAGACUUGUCAAUUUUUCAAUACUUAUCUCCUUUAUGUCAACGAUCUUUCUCAUACACAAGGCCAAUAUUGUGCCAUCUAUUCUGAGGCAUGGGAUUCUAGCUACGCAACCAAUGUUGGACAGUACCGUGGAUCUGAUCAUUAUCUCAUUGGACUGUCAUAUACCUAUACCAACGAAACCAACCCAGGAUUGACAUCUGGAGAUAACACAUGCGCUGUUGCUCAAGCGUCGGUCGAGAUAUCCUACUCAUCUCUCCAACCUUGUUGUACCACCUUGCUCGGCUUCGCAGCUGAUACUGUUACUGCAUCAACUACCAUCACUUCAAUAUUUACAUCGACUGUGGUCUCUCAAACCACUACUACUGUAGCCAAUAAUACCCUUCCAAAAAGAAGCGACGUCACAGUGCAUCUAGCAAAUGGUACUCCUCUUAUACCUUUCAUGGUUGCCAAUAGCACCGCCACUCCAGCAAAACGCUCAGUUGCUGCUACGCCAGCUGGGCUCACCAAAUACCCUAGCACUGUUAUCUCCGCAGCAUGCUCCGCACAGGCUACCAAAGCGACUAUUGCCGUUACCGUCUACGUAACUGACUACGUCUCAAAACCCACUUCAACCACCACCACCUCUACCACCGCCACUACGGCUAGUGCUACCCCAUCCUUAGUCAUUGCCGCCGACACCGAGAAAUCCUAACACGUAACUUACGAAGACUAUUCCGGGUUGAAGAUCCUAACCGUAUCACCUAUCACCGCAAACUCCGCAGCCAAAUUCUAUCUCGACGGCACAUCCCUCUACUCAUCAGACAAAACCCGCGUCGCCGAUACCGACGGCGCGGGUACGGGCGCCCCAUCAUACAUUUUUAUGGACACACUUAGCUAUGCUGCAAAUUUUCCACUGAUAAAAUGUACACUGGGCACGUAUGAUGCAUCGGUUGGUGGGUUCCCUCUAUCGUGUAUCGGAGGGGCGUCUGCUCCCCGCCCCUUCUUCAAAGUUGGUGAUGCGAGCAGAUUGGUACUGGCUAAUAAGUUGGGAACGAAUGUUUAUAUCCCCUCUUUAUAUGCCAUUCCAGCUUGAGCGAGCAAGAGAGGAUGCGUGAGUGAGUUCGAAGACGUGGAAAUGAUGCCAUUAAUGAAGAGGAGGAGAGUGGAUUUAUUUCUUGCAGUGGUUUGGAG